AUGUUACAAAUCAUGUCUAACAGUUCUAUCAAAAUUUUACUACUAAUCAGUCUUUUGAUUCAAUUAGGCAAUUCAUGGCCAUUUCAAUUACCAACUUCUUAUGAAUUUGACUUAACAUUAGAUGAAACUUAUUUCAUUCAUGGUUUACAAAUUGGUUUUCCACCUCAGAAUAUUGAUAAAUUUGAAUUUGAUACUGGUUCUUCAGAUACAGUUAUAAUCACGUCAGCUUAUAAACCUCAAUAUUCAAAAACAUUUCAGAAUACCUCAAAAACAUUUUAUGGUUCUUAUGGGUCAAUAGAUCAAUUUUCUUUAUAUCAAGGAUCUGAUAUAAUUACAUCUUGGAAUGGUUUAAAAUUACAGAAUCAAACAUUAGCUAUUACAAAUAUUCCACAACUGUUACUUGGUGGUUAUAACGGAAUUUUAGGUAUGGGAUAUAAUACUACUCAAUUCAUUAGACCAAACUAUCCUAAUUUACUUUAUUCAAUGAAAGAUCAACAAAAAAUUGAAAGAAAAUUAUUUUCAAUAGAUGGUCAAGCCGAUGGAGGUUCAGUUUUAUUUGGAGGUGUUUAUGCUGAUAUUUAUGAUGGUGUUUUGACUAAAGUGGACUUGUUACCACGUUGGAAAAGCAAACAAUAUUAUAUGCCCUAUUUCACUAUAAAUGGUAUGAAAUUGAAUGACGGGACAGUAGUUUCUUCACAAACUGUUGCAGCAAUUAUAGAUACUGGUGCUGACAUUUUAGCUUUGCCGGAUCCAAUACUAGGAAAUUUAUUUGCCGGGUUGAAUAAAUCAUCUAGUGAUUAUUAUUAUAGAUCUGAUUCUGAUAUUGAUUUGCACAUGUACUACUUCGCGUUUGAUUCAAUCAAAGACCUUAGUUUAAAAUUAGAUGUUCAAGGCUAUGAAUUAGAGUUACCUGUUGUUGAUUUUGUUAAAAAUUAUACUACGGUCAAUGGUAAAAAAUAUGCUGGUAUCAUUUCACAAAGUGUUGGUAUUGAUAUUAACGUAGAUGAAAUCACCUUACCUGCAAAACUACUCACUCAUUAUUAUUCAGUUUGGGAUUAUGAUAAUCAUCAUAUUUAUUUUGCUAAAUACAAACAAAAAAAGCAAUGGUGUAAAGGAAAUCGAGCAGCUAAAAGUGGAGAUCAGUUACCAGUUUCUACAACUGUUGUACCUGAUCCAUCAAAUACCUACUCGACUGGAUAUUUGAAUAGUUUGGAAACAACAAUAUCCGGAGCUAGUUCAAUUUUGAAUAAUCCAAAAACUUUUCCAGGUAAUAGCCAAACUACCACAACUCCAUAA